AUGCUGAUGCUGCUUGUGCCGUCGUUCAGAAGAAGACUCAACCCACUUAACUCCAGCUCUUCCGCUGAUGGCGCUGGCUCUUGCAGCACCGGCAUCGUGUUGGAUCUCGAUGACCCGCCAUCCAGCGGCGAAGCGACAUGGGAGAAAGGCACGCACAAACCCUGUCAGCCACGGACCAGGGCCCCGGCGGGCGUGGACCCAUUUCAGACCUCUUGGAGCGGGUGGAAGGUCCACAGGGAAGAGGAAGACGAGGAGGCGACCCGGGAUCAACAGACUGGGACGGGGGGUCGAACAAUCGCUGGCAGCGUGGAAGACCCGGGAGAGGACGACGAGGGCCACAAGGGACACAAAGGAAGAUCCAGGAUAGGGGUCAGGCCUGUUCUCUGCUCCCACGAAUGGGGUAGACCCGGCAUGGGUUUGGACGGGGUUGGUUUGGUGUGGAUGGUGGUGAUGCUAGACAGCCCCAGCCAGGACCAGUGUUCCUCUAGAUUUGGUACACUCAGUAUAUUGGCGAUAUUGGAGGGCGUUGGUGGUGGUGGUGGUGAGAGCGCAGAGCCAUAUGGAGACGUCCCGCACGGUAUGGGUAUGGGUCUGGAUGGUAUGGGAUGGGAUUGGAUUGUGUGGGCAGCAGCACGAGCAGCAGCAUGGCCGCGGGUUACGUUGUACAGCGUGCGGGUCUGGAGCGGAAAGACAUGGACAGGGACAGGGACAAUGGACAUGCACAGGCAUGGUUCAUGGUCCAGGAAGCGAUCGAGUCUUCACUGUGAUCACGAUUUGGGGCCGUGUGCAUCCCACUCACACCCGCCUCACCUCACUACACCAUACCAGGCCAGGCCAUACCGCACCUCAAUCCUUCCACUAAAAUCUGGCAGCAGCAUCAUCUGCAUUAUUGUACGAGAUCCACGGUGCGCUCAUUGGCCAGCUUACGGCAAAGACGAUGACAGCCUUCCAACCCUGAACUGA